AGAAUCGUUGUUACAAUCGCUUACUAUGGUAACAAGCCGAAUCAUGCAGAACUACUACGAAUAGACAAACCCAUUUUUCAUAAACUUCUUGCAUUUGUUCUUGCUCCAGCAAAAUUAGUUGAUUGCCUUGUGCUUGAUUCGUUAGUGUGUACAUGUUUGAAUCUAUUGGCGAAACCACAAGUGCUUUCAUUGUUUCAUUGUUGUGCAAUUCUAUGUUUACCUGUUUAUCUCCAUUUUGUACUGUACUAG